GCUUAAGCAAACGAAUACCCUUUAUCACGGAUAAUAAAGACAGUAGAAUCUAAAAGCUUCCGGUGGUAAUAUAAAAGGGAAAGGAAAAAACAAACAAACUGCCUCUUUUCUACAAAUAUUGUGUCGGGGACAAGUUGUAGCAUGAAAGCUGGGUUCAUUUCGGCGAUUUAGUGUGGUCUAAGUUCUGUUAGGAUAGCAUAUUCUUUGUUAGCUGGUCAAGAUUCAAAUAAGAAGAGAGGAUAUUAAAAAGGUUUUUUUUGCAAGUGACGCGACGCAUCCCGUAACAAUGAAUUUUGAAGCUCGAUGUUCAAAGAAGAAAGGAAACUGGCUAUUUGUGUGUUAAGAAUCUUGACAAUCUUCGAAAAGAGACUUAGAAGCAAAGCGGGGAAACAUAUAUCGGCGUUCUCUGUUUGUUAAGUUUUAAUAUAUACUCAAAAUCUUUGUAAACUUUUAAAUGAAACGUCAAGCCAGAUCCAGAGCAAGAAAAGCUUAAAGGACCUCAGUGCAUACGUAUAGGGUGCAAAAGGUUGACAAACAGCUACGCCAUGAACGCUUCGUUGUCGAAUUGCGAACACCAUGAGCCAAGUCAUUACUCGUCGGGAGAAAUGGUGUCAUCUUUUGUGAUUUUCGGGAUCGGAAUUAUCGGUUGUUUUCUGUCGGUACUGGCAUUAGGGCGGGAAUUCAUUAGAGGGAACUCGUCGACCUUGGUGAUUGUAGCAGGCCUGGCUUGGGUGGACUUUGCAGGAGUUUUAUCAACAGGGACUCUGAUCAUUCAUGGGUUUGUGACGGGAAAGGGCUGGAUUGUUAGGAGUCCUCAGUGUCAAAUACAGGCGUUCUGUUCCACUGCCUGCGGUUUGUCCUCAGGUUCCAUCGUCACCUUUAUGGCCUUUGACCGCGCCCUGUCCCUCCACAAACCAUUCUUCUACAAAACCUUCGCCUCGCCUAAGCUUUCCCGCGGUGUUUGCAUCGCUACGGUGUGCCUGUGCUUUGUUGUUGCCGCAUUCCCUUAUUUGGGUAUAGGGAGAUAUACCGUCACUCAUAGCGGUGGAUAUUUCUGCCAAUUUGAUUGGUACUCGCGAAAAGUAAUGGACAAGGCGUUUAUUUUUAUCUGCGGUGCAUAUGCGGCUGCUAUUAUCUCUUGGAUGCUGGUCUCGAACCUGCUUGUGUUAUUUUUGUCGUGGAGACUAAAACAACAAGCGUGUAGGAUCGUGCCUGCUAGCAUGGGUAUAGCUGAGAGGCGUCAGUGCUCGAUAGCGAAGAAGGAAGAACAAAUGGCGAAGUUUGUCGGGACGAUAUCACUUCUCUUUCUGUGCACGUGGCUUCCUGUCACGGUCCGAUUUUUCUGUCACCUCUACAGCGCCUUGCCAAGUCACACCGCUGACCUAGUGUCUAUGAAGCUCGCUAUUCUAGGUUUUGUCCUCAAUCCCUUCAUCUACGUGUUAUUUAGAGCGAUUUUCAAGCGGACGAUCAAGACGAAGUUUAGCUGGAUCAGGACAAGCUGGAAUCAUGGCCUCAGCAUCCGGGAUCGCCGAAUGACGCAUGCGCAAAGUAUUGGUCCUAGUACCAUGCUUGAGACUGGCCUGUCAGCGAGGCCUAUCAGCAGUAUGGGUCUUGUUAGUGUUGCGUGACAUGUCACGAUGCCCUUGGCCACCAGCAGUAUGGGUCUUGUUAUUGUUGCGUGACAUGUCACGAUGCCCUUGGCCACAAGCAGUAUGGGUCUUGUUAGUGUUGCGUGACAUCUCACGAUGCCCUUGGCCACCAGCAGUAUGGGUCUUGUUAGUGUUGCGUGACAUGUCACGAUACCCUUGGCCACCAGCAGUAUGGGUCUUGUUAGUGCUGCGUGACAUGUCACGAUGCCCUUGGCCACCAGCAGUAUUGGUCUUGUUAGUGUUGCGUGACAUCUCACGAUGCCCUUGGCCACCAGCAGUAUGGGUCUUGUUAGUGUUGCGUGACAUGUCACGAUGCCCUUGGCCAUCAGCAGUAUGGGUCUUGUAAGUGUUGCGUGACAUGUCACGUUCCCCUUGCCUCAGCAGUAUUGGUCUUGUUAGUGUUGCGUGACAUGUCACGAUGCCCUUGGCCACCAGUAGUAUGGGUCUUGUAAGUGUUGCGUGACAUGUCACGAUGCCCUUAAUCACCAGCAUUAUGGGUCUUAUAGGGGUUGCGUGACAUGACACGAUGCCCCUGGACAUCAACAGUAGACAGUGCUGAAUAACGUAUGCGCAUGCGCGUGUUCUGGCGAGAACAAACAAAAUAUCAGUGUUGAAUCGUUCGAGUAAAGGUACAAAAGGCUGUCUUCGGUCGCUGUUUUGACUUACUGUACAGCAUUAAAACCAUACUGUACGAAAGAUGACAGACUUGUUUUAUAAUGAGGGAGUCAUAAAGAAAAUUUUAGCCUUAAGUUUGAUUCAAUUUUCUUUGCAUUCGCCAAAAUGUGACAGUUCCCCCCUAAAACGCCGCCAUUUCAAAACCGCGCGGUACUGGUACUAGUCUUCGGUUUUUCAGCACUGUCUCAGCAGUAUGUUUCUUGUAAGUGUUGCGUGACAUGUCACGAUGCUCUUCACCAUAAAUUGUAUUCGGUCUUGUGAGUUUUGCGUGACAUGUUCUGCUGCCCAUCACCAUUAGCAGUAUUGGUCUUGUAAGCGUUGCGUGACAUGUCACGAUUCUCUUCACGACCAUUAGCAGUAUUAGUCCUUUAGAUUGCGUGACAUCGCUAUCUGCUGUAUUGAUCUUGCAGGUGUUGCGUGACAGUUCAUGAUACCCCUGGCCAUCGGCAGUUUUUACUCUUUAGUGCUGCUAAAAGAUGGCACUUUAGGUGCGGUCGAAGAAAAAAAAAAAUCAUACACCGGCAUAGGGAAACACGUCGCAUUGUUAUUAGGACGUGAUGAUCAACUAGCGGUAGAAAUUAUACUUUAGUUUCGAGAUGCUCUACGUACGGCACGUUCCUACGAGAACGUGUAGAUCCCACAAAGGUAAUAAGGAGUUACCCACAAAUGAAGUAUACCCACAAUUUUAAUAACAAGCACUCUUAACGGUGCCGUGCUGUCAAACAAAGAAAGAGGAUUGGGAACUGCAAA